AUGAGACCUUGGCCCCCACCCACAGCUGGUUGAAUCCGGUGAGACUUCCUGAGACGGGGGCACUCAACUAAGCCACAUUCAAUCCCAGGUCCACAGAAAUUGUGACAAUAAAGGCUGUUGUUUGAAGCCACUAAGUUUUGGAGCAAUUGGUUAUGUUAAGCAGUAGGUAAUAGCAUAUGUCAUAACUACUUGUGUGGUGUGUGUGUCUGUGUGUGUAGAGGGACUACACACACCUAUAGCGAUAUCUAUUUUUAUUUCUGUCUCUAUGUGUUACAAACCAUGGGUGGGUUCCUACCGAUAACUCCAAUUUCAGUCCAGUGCUACAGGGAUUCAUUCUAACCUUCCCCACUUGCCGUAUUUGUAACCCCCUUCUCCGACAGUGAGAACCCCAGCUUCCAUUACACAAUCUAUUGAUGUACUUGUCGAGUCCUAGAAUCCUACAUUUCUGGGAAAUUGUAGCUUUCUCACAGGAGUUCACUAUUUAUUGAAAGUUCUUUUGUCUUUAGUCAAAGGCAUCUAGUCCAAAUACCGUGAACUUUAUGUUCUUCCAAAAACUAUAAGAAUAAAUAAAGGAAGCUCUCCCAGUUUCUCUGGGAGGUGAGGAGUGUGAUGCAAAAGGGCCGGCACGGUUCUUUCUAGACAGAAAAUGCUGCCUUCAGCCUUCUGCACUGAUCGUUAGAUCAUCCCGCUAGCAGAGGCCUCUGAGGGAGGGGCCGUGCUGAGUUUUCUCUUCUGGGCUGACGAUGUUCCCGCUUUCUUUCCACUCAUUAAAUUAUUUGGAGAGAAAAGUGGACGGUGCUGCUUUUUAAAGGCCCCUUGGGGAAGGUUCUAUUAGAAUUCUAGUCAUUCCCGUUAUUAAAAAAGAAGCCAAGAGACCAGCUGACUCUGAGAUCUCCCCAGAAAGGCUUGGUCUGGGUGGGGCUCACAAGUUCUUCCAGAAGGAUGGAGACCCAGAUUGGACCAUCUCUGCACAGCCGGGACUGGGGCCAGGACUCUUUGUGGAGCAAGAAAAGCGGCCUCUGUCCUUGACUUGACCUCGUUGGGGACAUCCUCGGUGACAUUGGGUUGUUGCUACCACCCUCCCAGGAGGCGGCAUCCUCAGAGAAAAGGGAGCCCCAGGUCAGCAUCACUGCCCAGGUGGGUGGGGGCAGUCGGGAAGUGUCUGUUCAGAUGGUUUGAGCUGACUUCCUGUUAAAGGCAUAUUACUUUUAUAAAAGUAAAAGAAUGAACUCUGAUGAGGGCUGGGGAAUACACCUGUCUAAUUUCUACUUCUUUCUCUCCCAGGGACAGAAAGCUUGGAUAGAAAAAACCUUUUGCAAACGAGAAUGUAUCUGUAUCAUUCCCAGCACCAAAGACCCUAACAGGUGUUGCUGUGGCCAGCUCACCAACCAGCAUAUUCCUCCUCUGCCAAGCGUGCCAUCCGGCAAAAGUGGGGAGGUAAACGAAGAGGUGGAGACUCAGCCCGAAAAAUGGUGUGUCAGCAAACACACCCAGAGCUACCCCACAGAUUCCUAUGGGAUGCUGGAGUUCCAGGGUGGCGGGUACUCCAACAAAGCCAUGUAUGUCCGCGUAUCCUACGACACCAAGCCAGAUUCGCUGCUGCAUCUCAUGGUGAAAGACUGGCAGCUGGAGCUCCCCAAGCUCUUAAUAUCCGUGCACGGAGGCGUCCAGAACUUUGAGAUGCAGCCCAAGCUGAAACAGGUCUUUGGGAAAGGCCUGAUCAAGGCUGCCGUGACCACCGGGGCCUGGAUCUUCACCGGUGGGGUCAGUACCGGUCUCACCAGCCACGUAGGGGACGCCUUGAAGGACCACUCCUCCAAGUCCCGAGGCCGGGUUUGUGCCAUAGGAAUCGCUCCAUGGGGCAUGGUGGAAAAUAAGGAAGACCUGAUCGGGAAGGAUGUCACAAGAGUGGACCAGACCAUGUCCAGCCCCGUCAGCAAGCUCUCUGUGCUCAACAGCGGCCAUACUCACUUCAUCCUCGCCGACAACGGUACCCUGGGCAAAUACGGCGCCGAGGUGAAGCUGCGGAGGCAGCUGGAGAAGCACAUCUCUCUGCAGAAGAUCAACACAAGACUGGGGCAGGGCGUGCCUGUCGUGGGCCUCGUGGUGGAAGGGGGCCCUAACGUCUUCUCCAUCGUCCUGGAGUAUCUCCGGGAGGACCCGCCCGUCCCCGUGGUGGUCUGCGACGGCAGCGGACGCGCCUCAGACAUCCUGUCUUUUGCACACAAGUACUGUGAAGAAGGAGGGGUAAUAAAUGAAUCCCUCAGGGACCAGCUUCUGGUCACCAUUCAGAAAACAUUUAAUUACAGCAAGACACAGUCGCAUCAGCUGUUUGCGAUCAUAAUGGAGUGCAUGAAGAAGAAAGAACUCGUCACCGUGUUUAGAAUGGGUUCUGAGGGACAGCAAGACAUAGAGAUGGCGAUUUUAACUGCGCUGCUAAAAGGAACAAACGCAUCCGCUCCAGACCAGCUGAGCCUGGCGCUGGCUUGGAACCGUGUGGACAUCGCACGGAGCCAGAUCUUUGUCUCGGGGCCCCACUGGCCGCCCCUGGGAAGCCUGGUCCCACCGGAGCAUAGCAAGGUCACCGAGAAGGAGAAGAAGCCACCCACAGGCACCACCAAAGGGGGCCGGGGGAAAGGAAAAGGCAAGAAGAAAGGGAAAGUGAAAGAGGAGGUGGAGGAAGAAACUGACCCCCGGAAGCUCGAGCUGCUGAACUGGGUGAAUGCUCUGGAACAAGCCAUGCUGGACGCCUUAGUCUUUGAUCGAGUUGACUUUGUGAAGCUCCUGAUUGAAAAUGGAGUAAAUAUGCAACACUUUCUUACCAUCCCGAGGCUGGAAGAGCUUUACAACACAAGACUGGGUCCACCAAACACACUUCAUUUGCUGGUGAGAGACGUAAAAAAGGGCAACAUGCCACCCGACUACCACAUCAGCCUCAUAGACAUCGGGCUGGUGCUGGAGUACCUCAUGGGCGGGGCCUACCGCUGCCACUACACCCGGAAGAGCUUCCGCACCCUCUACAACAACCUGUUCGGACCCAAGAGGCCGAAAGCUCUUAAGCUUCUGGGAGUGGAAGACGACGACCCUCCGGCCAAAGGGAAGAAAAAGAAGAAGAAGAAGAAGGAGGAAGAGGUCGCCAUCGACGUGGACGACCCUGCUGUGAGCCGCUUCCAGUACCCCUUCCACGAGCUGAUGGUGUGGGCCGUGCUGAUGAAGCGCCAGAAAAUGGCAGUGUUCCUCUGGCAGCGCGGCGAGGAGAAUAUGGCCAAGGCCCUGGUGGCCUGCAAGCUCUACAAGGCCAUGGCGCACGAGUCCUCUGAGAGCGAGCUGGUGGACGACAUCUCCCAGGACCUGGACAACAACUCAAAAGACUUUGGGCAGCUGGCUGUGGAGUUGUUAGACCAAUCCUAUAAGCACGACGAGCAGAUCGCCAUGAAACUGCUCACCUAUGAGCUGAAAAACUGGAGCAACUCGACCUGCCUCAAACUGGCCGUGGCCGCCAAACACCGGGACUUUAUCGCCCACACGUGCAGCCAGAUGCUGCUGACCGACAUGUGGAUGGGAAGGCUGCGGAUGAGGAAGAACCCUGGCCUGAAGGUUAUAAUGGGGAUUCUUCUUCCCCCCACCAUCUUGCUUUUGGAAUUUCGCACAUAUGAUGACUUGUCAUAUCAAACAUCCAAGGAAAAUGAAGACGGCAAAGAAAAAGAAGAGGAGACCAUGGACGCGAAUGCAGAUGACGGCUCCAGGAAGGGGGACGAGGAAAAUGAGCACAAAAAGCAAAGGAGCAUCCCCAUUGGGACGAAGAUCUGUGCAUUCUAUAACGCUCCCAUUGUCAAGUUCUGGUUUUACACAAUAUCGUACUUGGCGUACCUGCUGCUGUUCAACUACAUCAUCCUCGUGCGCAUGGACCGCUGGCCCUGUCUCCAGGAGUGGAUCGUCAUCUCCUACAUCGUGACCCUGGCGUUAGAGAAAAUACGAGAGAUCCUCAUGUCAGAGCCGGGCAAGCUCAGCCAGAAGGUCAAAGUCUGGCUGCAGGAGUACUGGAACAUCACGGACCUGGUGGCCAUCUCCACAUUCAUGGUGGGAGCGGUCCUCCGCCUGCAGAAGCAGCCGUACAUGGGUUAUGGCCGCGUGAUGUAUUGUGUGGACAUCAUCUUCUGGUACAUCCGGGUCUUAGACAUCUUUGGUGUCAACAAGUACCUGGGGCCCUACGUGAUGAUGAUUGGAAAGAUGAUGAUUGACAUGCUGUAUUUUGUGGUCAUCAUGCUGGUUGUGCUGAUGAGUUUCGGGGUGGCCCGUCAGGCCAUUCUGCACCCGGACGAGGAGCCUUCCUGGAGACUGGCCCGAAACAUCUUCUACAUGCCCUACUGGAUGAUCUACGGCGAGGUGUUUGCAGACCAGACAGACCUCUACGCCAUGGAAAUCAAUCCUCCUUGUGGUGACAACCAGUAUGACGAGGAAGGCAAGCGGCUGCCCCCGUGUAUCCCGGGCGCCUGGCUGGCCCCCGCCAUCAUGGCAUGCUAUCUACUGGUGGCCAACAUACUACUGGUGAAUUUGCUCAUCGCAGUUUUCAACAAUACCUUUUUUGAAGUGAAGUCAAUAUCCAACCAAGUGUGGAAAUUCCAGCGGUAUCAGCUGAUUAUGACAUUUCAUGACCGGCCAGUCCUACCCCCACCAAUGAUCAUUUUAAGCCACAUCUAUAUAAUCAUCAUGCGUCUCAGUGGCCGCUGCAGGAAGAAAAGAGAAGGGGACCAAGACGAACAGGACCGUGGAUUGAAGCUGUUUCUCAGCGAGGAGGAGCUGAAGAGGCUGCACGAGUUUGAGGAGCAGUGCGUGCAGGAGCACUUCCAGGAGAAGGAGGACGAACAGCGGGCAUCCAGCGACCAGCGCAUCCGCGUCACCUGCGACAGAGUUGAAAAUAUGUCCAUGAGGCUGGAAGAGAUCAACGAAAGGGAAAGUUUUAUGAAAACGUCCCUACAGACUGUUGACCUUCGACUUUCUCAGCUGGAGGAAUUAACCAGCAGAAUGGUGAACGCUCUGGAGAAUCUCGUGGGCAUUGACAGGUCCGACCUGGUACAGACUCGGUCCCGGGCUUCUUCUGACUGUGACGCAGCGUAUCUUCUAAGGCAAAGCAGCGUCCACAGCGCCGACAGCUGUGGCCUGGGCAGGUACCACUUCGCUGGCGAGGAACUGCUGUCCGAGGACACUUCUCUCUCCAUGUCCCCAGGCAGGGGCUUCAGGCAGAAAGCCUGCUCCUUCCAACUGAAGGAGAAGGACCCGAAGAGGUGCCUACAGGGCAGCCUGCACCUCUUGCCCGGCACCAGCUCGCCAGCGACACUGGACUGCAACCGGCAUGCGUUCGAUGACGUAAAACACGCCCCGGAGCCAAAAUUAGGUUCAGAAAUUGGGAUUUCAGCUGAAGGUGAGGAAAGGCAGGCCAACUCCAAAACAGAAGAGACUAUUUCCCCAGGUUUAAAUCAAACAGAUGUCAUGCCUGGACAGAACAAAUCAGAGUUUCGAAACACUCAGCUGACAACGGGAACAGCAAAGACAGAAGGCACUAUUUGCUAUCCCCUGGAAGAAACCCAAAUGGCACGCUGUCGCCCCGAUAAAACGUUCACUGUCUGUAAAACCCUGAAAUCCAGGAGCUUUGUGUAUUCCCGUGGGAGGAAGCUGGUCGGCGGGGUUAGCAACUGGAGUGCAGCAUACCCUUCCGCCGUGGACCAAGCGUGUCCCCAUCCCGUUCAGCAGUGGACCACAGAAUGGAAAUACCAAGUUCAGAAGAUCACGCGCUCUCGCAGUACAGACAUCCCUUGCGCUGUAUCGGAAGCUGCGAGGCAAGAGGAGCCGAAAGAGCAAUUUACAGGGAGCGAGGAUGGUAACUGUGUGUCGACAACAGGCCCUGGCAGCUCGCGUUUAUCUCCAGCCGUCCCUGACAGAACUGAAAAGGAGAAUUUACUGACUGUGAAACUACACCAGACUUUGGGCUUCCCAUCUUUAAGGUCAAAAAGUUUACAUGGCCGUCCUGGGAAUGCUAAAGCCACCGGGGGCCCGUUAGACAGAUCUGGACACGCAAGCAGCGUCAGUAACCUAGCAGUGGUGCCUGGAAUGCAAACGGAAGAACCGACGGCUGAGCAAGAGAAAACUCCCACAGAAACCGAAUGCUAACGUGUUCCGUUUCUUUGAACCUUAAAUCAAAACCACUGAUGAGUACACGCAGCCCAUCUAAACGUCAGCGGUUCCUGGAAACGUUUUCAUGAAAAAUAUUUGGCAAUUUGGACGUAUGAUUAAUUUAGAAUUUAAUGCACUAAAUUUAAAGUAAUAUUUGGCUAGCUUAUGUUAGUAAACCUAGGUUUUUGUAGUUGGGAUAGGAUCAAAUGGAAGUGACAAUACUCCAAUUGAGAUAAAUUGCUUAAUGAGUGUACAAGAUUCUACAAUCUAUUUCUAAGCACCACCAAAUAGCCUAAGAAAUACCUCUGGGUGCCACCAAUAGAUUACUUAAGGAGUAAGGAAUUGUGUAAGAAAGAGAAAUUAGAGAGAAAACAAAUGUGAAAAUAGGAGGGGCGGGGGAAAAGAAAAGUAAAAUCAUGAGGUGCAAGUGAAAAGUGGAAAGGAGCUAUAGUCAUGUCUUGUACGGGUUUUUGUUCGUCUUACGUUUUAAUGCUUU